AUGAGAUCUAAAAUCCUUCCUGUUGCGGAAGACCGAGAAAUACGCCUUGCAAUGGAGAAAGUCAUUGAGGAGAGAAGAGCAAAGGCUUCAGGGCAUCAACUAUACAUUGACAAACUGGUGGUUCGCAUGAAACGUAAGUCUCCUGGUGAGCCAUUUUGGUCUGCUGAAGGUCCGCAGUGGUAUCCACCGGCGCUGUUGAAUUUAUUGGGCCCGAUCUUGCUCCUGAAUAUUCCUACGAAGUGGAAAGGACAGCUCCUCGCUUACUAUCUUUUCGACUAUACGAAUUGCAAGAAAGUCAUUGGAGCGAUUCCUGAAUCGCCGUUUGUUCUCCUCGAUGAUGUCACCAAACAAAUGCAUGGUUUACUGGGUAUGAACAAAGAGGAAAUGAUGGGUGUGUAUAAGUUUUGGUGUGCUGAUGCUGGGAAGCCAUUGAGUGAGCGGGAGGAAUUUGAACGAACUUCUCCUCGUAAAUAUAUGUCUGCGGAUGCAGAGAUCAAGCAUCUCAUGAGCAUUCCACGCCCGCUAACUUCGGAAGAGGAAAAUAAGUUGCAGUCCUUAUCCAAUACCGUACGCUAUGGCGAUUUUGUAUGGCAGUGUUAUCUUGCAAAGUGUCGUAGAUUCGAUGAAUUUAAGGAGCUACCUAUUCCGUCCAAUGAGGACAAUGAGUUCAUCUUGGAGUAUGAGCAGCUCAUUCCGGUUGUGCGAAUGCUUCGUAUGACGCGGAAAUACCCCUUCUCAGCCGUGGAAAGACUCCGAAGCCGCUUAAUAGAAGACAAUCCGUUCCUGACGGUAUUCUCUCAAGGAAAAGGCAAGCGACGAUUCCCCUCCAACAAAUUAUCUCGACUCCACCACAAACAUCCAAUGAGGUUUGCCUUUCUCCAUUAUGUCCAAGGUCAUACGACAAAAAUGGGCUCACUUUCCCAACUUUUUUGCACUUUUCUUACUAGCCUUUCAAUGCGCACCUCUGAUGCUAUAAAUGUCGUAGUAGCAGUUUAAGC